GUGCGUGGUCUUGGUACGGAAAGUAAAUAAAAUAGAUAAGGCUAGAUAAAAACGGGAAUAUUUUAUAUAAUCUGUAAAGUAUGCAAUGUAUUGUGGGUUUCAAUAAUAACAUCGAAAAUGCAACAGAAUUCAUACUGACGUUAAAAAAUAUUAAUGCCAACACGCUCGAUUUAUUCCUACCGGACCAGAUUUGUGUUUGGAAACGUGCUGAACCAACAUUGACGGCAUAUGUGAUUUACGCUUUUAUCGUUCCCGUACUCUCAUGCUUCGGGUUAUGUGCAAAUUUUAUUAAUGCUAUGGUCUUUAUGCGUCCUAAAAUGACGCCAUCAGCUUUUUCCUACCUCGCUGCGCUCGCGUUGCUGGACUGCUUCUCCUGUUUACUCAUUUUAUUCACCGCACUAUCGCGUAGUAUUUUCUUCAACAUCCAUUUCUGGGUUGCGUAUGAUUUUCAAUGGCAAACACCGUUAUUUGGUAUCAGCACCGGUGCUGCGAAUCUUUUACUUGGAAGUGUUAGUUGUGACCGUUGGAUUUACCUAAAUUACGGCAUCGUCAAUGGUUGCGGACCUCCUCGUUUUUGUCGGUGCAAAGUAGCACGGUGUAUUAUUAUAAUGGUUAUUAUUAUAUCGGUGAUUCUAAAUUUGCCAUAUUUUUUCAUUUUUGUGGUAAAUGACGACGACACUUUUAUAACACACAAAUUAUACUAUACCACUUAUUACAAAAUACACAAUUGGUGUUCUUUCAUACUGUUAACACUGCUACCAGCUAUAUUUCUCACAAUCGGUAAUAUAGCCAUAAUUGUAGCUUUUCGACGUUGGACAAAACAAAGCAAAAAAUGUCAGAGAUAUGGAAAUAAUAAUGCAAAAACAGCAAAAAAGCGUUAUCAGCAUCAGCUUAAAUUAACCAUAACAAUUAUAAUUUUAAUUGUACUGUACAUGAUUGGUGAGUUGCCCGCAGCACUUACCUCACGUAAAAAUGCACUAAAUUUGCUCUUUGGUGGCGACUUAUCUCGUGUAAAUUUCGGUUUGAUGGCAAAGGUGGAUAUGAUUUGUCUAACCUUAAAUGCGCUACAGCUUAGUAUCAAUAUACUCGUCUAUGCUGUAAUCAAUCCCUCCUUUAUGCCCGAAUUCUUCGAAUGUUUACGGGCCGCAUCCGAUUUUUGCUGCAACAUACUCUGUUGUUGUUGUAUACACUGUUCGCGGUGCUUUUGCUUCACCACGCACCAGACAAGCUCACAAACAGAGAACGUUGUGGCAAAAUGUGGUUGCGAACAUGCAACCGUUGAUGGGCGCAUUGAGUGCGAUUGUGAAACACAGCAGAUGGAAGUAAGGAAGAGUGCAAUCAAAAGAUGUGAUGUCAGUAGUGCUGGUACAAAUGGUAACUGGGACACAAAUCCAAAAGAUGUUGGGGACAUGCCUGGCUUCGACUUGUAUCGCUAUUGGCGGAACAGCGUAACAACCCCACACACCCCAAAUCGUUAUCGCUUUAGUAGUGAGCACGGCGUACAUAAACAUGAGCAAGUGUGGAGCACAGACAUGGACACAUGGAAACGUUCGAGCUCAUUUGGUGAAUACGCGUUUGAUAAUUUAGCACUUGAAAUUGGUACUGCGAUUGAAGAAGUAACACAUAAUUUUCUGGAAGAACACGCAAGGGCGGAAGCCAGUGAAGGAAGUACGGAAAUAGCGGCAAAACAAACAGAAGGACAUUCGCUAGCGUUUUAAAUGAAUGAGCUAACACAGCAGGUGCAAGCGAGGAAGAGUGUAAGCAGAAGAUAUAAUGUCAGUAGUGCUGGUACAUGAACAUAAUAAGUUUUAACGUAGUGCAAAAUAAAUUAUACAAAUAUAUGGAUUUAUAUAUUAUAAUUAUAAAAAAAAAAUUAAUUUAAAA